AUGGGAAAAGUUACAGAUUGGGCAUUCCACCCAUUGGAAUUGAAAUCGGCCAUUAUACUAAAAUGUCUCAGACAGCCAUUGUUCCCGCUAGCGGAAUCCUCCUUGAGUGUCACGAAGAAGAGAUGUUAUGAGUUGCUGAAUCUAACGUCCAGAUCUUUUGCCGCAGUCAUUAAGGAAUUGCAUCCGGAAUUGCGUGAUGUGAUAAUGAUUUUUUACUUGGUAUUGCGUGCCCUAGAUACCAUUGAAGAUGAUAUGACUUUGGAUACGAAAUUGAAGAUGAAUUUGUUACGUGAGUUUGACCAAAAAUUGGAUUUACAGGAGUGGUCCUUUGAUGGGAAUGGACCUGAUGAGAAGGAUAGAGCCGUGUUGGUGGAUUUCAAUUACAUUCUUUAUGAAUACCAUGCUUUAAAACCGGAAUAUCAAAAGGUCAUUAAGGAAGUUACUAAGGAAAUGGGGAACGGGAUGGCCGAUUAUAUCAUUGAUGAAAAUUUCAAUUUGAAUGGGGUAGAAACCAUCAAGGAUUACGAUAAAUAUUGUCAUUAUGUAGCUGGAUUAGUGGGAGUUGGGUUGACUCAAUUGAUUGUCAUUGCUGGGUUUGCACCAAAAUCUCUUUAUGAAGAUGAAAAAGACGCGGAGCUACCCUUAUAUGAAAGUAUGGGAUUAUUCUUACAAAAGACCAACAUCAUUAGGGAUUAUUCAGAAGAUUUAGAUGAUGGAAGAUCAUUUUGGCCCAAGGAGAUUUGGUCCAAAUACUCAUCUACCAAAUUAUCCAGUUUUAGAGAACCAGAUCAAACACAAAAGGGUGUUGAAUGUAUCAAUGAUCUUGUAUUGAACGCUCUAGGUCACGUUGAAGAUGUAUUGAAAUAUUUAAGUUGCAUUCAUGAACAAUCCACGUUCCAGUUCUGUGCCAUUCCACAAGUGAUGGCUAUUGCCACUUUGGCACUAGUUUUCAACAACCCCAAAGUGUUACAUGGGAACGUCAAGAUUAGAAAGGGCACUACGUGCUAUUUAAUCUUGCAUUCAAGGACGUUAUCCGGUUGUGUUAACAUUUUUGAAUACUAUUUACGUGAUAUCAGGAAAAGAUUACCAGUCUCCGACCCUAACUAUUUGAAGAUUAACAUUCAAGCGGCCAAGAUCGAUAAAUUAAUAGAAACGAUGUACCCGGAUGACAAUUUGCCAAAGGGUUUGAAACCAUUAGACACGGAAUUGUACUCCAAAGUGAAGGAGAGAACCAAGUAUGACGAAGCCAUGGAACCAAUACAAACAUCGGAGGAGUCCAAGUUCUUCUCCAUCUUCUUGGCGUUGCUCGUGGUGGUGGUUCUUCCUCUAUUAUCCUGA